AUGGUGCGCCCGGUGGCGGCGGCGGCUGCGGCGGCUUCCCUGGUCCGAGUGCCGCGAGGAGAUGACUGACCGACCGGCUGAGUGACUGAAUGAAUGAAUGGCGAAGCCGAGCGCGCCAUGAGGAGCCUGCCGAGCCUGGGCGGCCUCGCCCUGUUGUGCGCCGCCGCGGCCGCCGCCGCUGCCUCAGCCACCUCGGCGGGGAAUGUCACCGGUGGCGGCGGGGCCGCGGGGCAGGUGGACGCGUCGCCGGGCCCGGGGCUGGGGGGCGAGCCCAGCCACCCUUUCUCUAAGGCCACGGCCCCCACAGCCCAGGCCCCGAGGACCGGAUCCCCGCGCGCCACCCGCCACCGAGCCCAGGCUGCGUCUUCCCCAGCCCAGCCCCCGGAGACCACCCCUCCUCCGACCGCCGCCGGGCCCGCUCCGACCACCGCCGCCGGGCCCGCUCGGACCACCGCCCAGGCACCGCUCGUUCCCUCGCGAGUCCCACCUCCUGCGGUGGAACGUACUCCGACUAGCCCUCGGGUGACAACCAGACCCGCGCCGACCACCCUCUCGACGACCGCUGGCCCGGCGCCGACCACCCCUGUAGCGACCACGGUGCGGGCGCCCACCGCUCCCCCGAACCCGACCUCGGCUCUCCCCGGCGGCGGCGGCGGCGGCGGCGGCAGCAGCAGCGUCCCACCCACCCCACCUGCCACCGAAGCCCCCUCUCCGCCUCCCCCAGAAUAUGUGUGUAACUGCUCUGUGGUCGGAAGCCUGGAUGUGAAUCGCUGCAACCAGACCACAGGGCAGUGUGAGUGUCAGCCAGGUUACCAGGGUCUUCGCUGUGAAACCUGCACGGAGGGUUUUUACCUGAAUGGUACUUCCGGGCGCUGUCUGCCCUGUGUCUGUAAUCCACGUGGAGUCCUCAGCACAGUCUGCAACAGCUCUGGGAAAUGUCAGUGCAAAGUGGGUGUCACCGGCUCUUCAUGCGAUAGAUGCCAGGAUGGCUAUUACGGCUUCAACAAGAAUGGCUGCUUGCCCUGCCAGUGCAGUCAUCGGUCUGCCAGCUGUGAUGCCCUCACAGGUGCUUGUUUCAAUUGCCAGAAUAACAGCAAAGGGGAUCACUGUGAAGAAUGUAUAGAAGGAUUUUAUCAGAGUCCUGAUGGCUCGAAAGAAUGUCUUCGCUGCCCUUGUUCAGCAGUGACAUCUACAGGCAGUUGUAUCAUAAAGCUGGGUGAAUCGGCACCUGAAUGUGUCCAGUGUAAAGAUGGUUACACAGGCCAGAACUGCAAUGAAUGUAACAGCGGCUACUAUAAUUCUGACAGCAUCUGCGUGGAGUGCCAGUGCCACGGCCACGUGGACCCGGUUAAGACUCCAGAGAUCUGUAAGCCCGAGAGCGGGGAGUGCAUCAGCUGCCUCCACAACACCACUGGGUUCCGGUGUGAAAACUGCCUGGAAGGUUACGAUCGAGACCUCGAGGGAAACUGCAUCAAGAAAGAAGUUAUUGUUCCAACACCUGAAGGUUCUACCAUUUUGGUUUCCAAUGCCUCUUUGACCACAUCAGUGCCCACCCCUGUUAUAAAUAGUACCUUUACCCCUACAACCCCGCAGACUAUCUUUUCAGUAAGCUCUGCAGAAAACAGCACGUCAGCCUUAGCUGACGUAUCAUGGACCCAAUUUAACAUCAUCAUUUUGACAGUCAUCAUCAUUGUGGUGGUGCUGCUGAUGGGGUUUGUGGGGGCUGUGUACAUGUACCGGGAGUACCAAAACCGGAAACUCAACGCCCCCUUUUGGACCAUCGAGCUGAAAGAAGACAACAUCAGUUUCAGCAGCUACCACGACAGCAUCCCCAACGCCGAUGUGUCGGGGCUGCUGGAGGAUGACGGCAGUGAAGUGGCCCCCAACGGGCAGCUGACCCUGACGACGCCAGUGCAUAACUACAAAGCCUGAGGGGGAGCCGGAGCUGUUCUCCUGGACUUUAAGGCCACAGUGCUUACUAAGACAGCAUCAUCCUCUGCGCCACAGCCUGGGUAGAGUCGCUGAGAUGAGAAAGCAAAGGCAUAUAGUGCGUCGGAAAUUUUCAGGUACAAACGUGUAAUGUACUUAGCCUGUUACUUUUAGUUUUCCCAUGAAGAUCCGAAGCAGUCACUGACAAUAAGGACUUGAAGUAAAGUAUAUUUUUGUACCAAACCACAUGGGAGGGUGGAAGGCUGGACCUCUCAGUGCAGCCCCAAUCCGCUUUGACCUCCAAACAGAUUCCUGGUGGAAUGUUCACCAUCAGUGGAAACAGGAUGAUGGGUGUGGAGGGGGAAAGGACUGCCAGAAGACUUUAGCUCCAUUCCUGAUAGAGGACGGCCAGGAAGGAUAUUCAUUUUACUGGACUAAAAGACGUCCUUGAGGAAAAGCUGAUAUUUGGGCUGUGUCAUAAUACACAAUCUUGAUUGUUUCUAUAAUUGGGGCAGUAAAGUCCCAAGAAGAUCUUUAGAAGGGUUUGAUUUUUCUUUCCAGAGUUUUUGCUCAAUAAUAAGAUUAAAGCACAGAAUAAGCUUCUAAUGGUAGAGAGAGGAAGGCAAUGUCUGGGAAAGCAGAACGCUGAUGAUUCUCCUUAGGGCCUCAGUGUAAAUGAUAAAUUGUUUUAAAAUAAGGAAUAUUCCUGCCUCUAGAGAAAUAAGGUGUAUAUAGUUAAUGUAGAAUAUCUGGUCAGCAUUGUAUUUGUAUCUAUUUGUAAAAAAAAUCAUGUCUUAUUUUAUCAUCUAGAAUUUAUUUGUAUAGCAGUUAAUGGCAUUGUAAAAAGAAAAUAUGGGGUUAAAAUACUGUAAAAUAGAUGGCAAUAUUGCUAGAGCUGGGACUCUGGUGAGCAUCAGUCAUUUUUAGUCCCUCUUUUAGUCCCUAUUGUUGAAAUUUAUAAGAGGUUGGAUGUUUCUAAUUUUUCCCUUUUUCAGUCUAAAAGUAGAGUUCUAUCGUCUUUGACUUCCUAUAGAUUCAAGCAAUAGAUUUUGAAGACAAUGAUUGUUAAGCUGGGACACAAGGCUGCAUCCUCCAAACUACUCACCUGUUUAGACAUUAGCUUCUCUAUAUUUUACAUAGAUUAAAGUAGAACACAUGCUUGUUAAAAAGUUUUUUUAGGUAAAAAUCGCCUUCCAAAGGAAGAAAUGUUUUAGCUCCAAAAAAAAAGCCAUCAUAUCACUUGGGGUCCCCUGUGAAAUAUCAUCCCUGUGAAAUAUUUAUAUUCUCUCCCACCCCCAAAUGCUUCCUACAUUUGAGUGUAGCCUGCCGCCCACAUGCCACGGGGCGUGUACCGUCUCUCUGCAGUGCUGUAGUUCCUGUAUCUUCUCGUCUGGCUAGAGGCUGGCUCUGUAGUUGAGUGGGGAUAGUUAGUCAUUGCAUUUAGAUGCAGCUUUUUCUCUGAGGCCAUCUCUACCUUUGCUCUCCUCUAAUUAUGAUAUUGACAGAGUGUAGAUUAAGCAAAGCCAGGAAAAACAGCCAGAAGUCAAAUAUAGAUAUUUAUUAGGAGGAAGAACAAACUGUCAAGUAGUUACAAAAAAAAAAAGGCAAAAAUUAAACCUAGGAAACCCUGCCAAGUUGAUCACCUGCCUAACUUCUCCAGAGAAAAACCCGGAAUUUGGUCAUCCCUCUGCAGUUGGAGAUGGUGCUCUGGAGGAUGUACAGGCAGAUAAUCUGCUUCUAGUAACGGAGAGGCUCUGGAUAUCUGGCCAUUUCUCAUGAAAGUAGAUAUUACAUUAAAAUUAGAUAAUGUUUCUAUAGCCCUUUGCAGUUUGCAAGGCAUCUUUCUGUACCUGUGUCCUUUGUUCCUCACCAUGGGCCUUUGAGGAAGUAAUUGCUGUUCCCAGUUUAUCGGUGAGGUUAAACGUCUUGUUCAAGGCUGCACCGUAUAUCAUUAGGCUUGGAAUCAGGACUCCUAACUCAGAAGCACAUGUUGUUUUCAGCUGUAUGCUUGUGCACAAAUGACCCAGCUGCAGACAUUGGAAGGCUGGGAGGAAGAAUCCCAUCUGUGAAUGUUUCUGAUUUUUGUAAAUAUAAGGUACAAUCCAGGGCUAUAUAGCCACGAAGGACUUUGCAGAAAGAACACAGGAGGAUUACUCUCUGAAGCUAGUUUUGGUGAUAAGAAAAUAAAAAUACUAGUCUGUGCUUCAUAAAAGGAAACUGAUCUUUCCAAGCAGGGAAAGAAACCCAGAUUUCCCCAGCAGCUGCCACAUAUGCGUGUAGAGACUGUUCCAAGGAAUUGUGUAGAGUGACUUAUGCCUUUUCCCCAGAUUAUCAUGACCUCAAAACCAGGGAUUGAGGAUGGUGGGAGAUGAACGUUUGUUCAACAGAAGUCAACACAGUAAAGAAAGAAAGAGUUUGUUGGGGUCUAAGAGCCAAAGCUGAAUGAACAGUCCAGAUUCUGGCUGUGUAGACAUUCCUUGAAACACGUUAAAAGGAAUUGCAAAAAAUUGAAUCACAGAGAAAGUUUACCUUUAAAUAUUUAUGAACAGAGCCUAGGUCAUGUUCUUAAUUUAUCCUGGUGGAAGAAAAUUAAGGUCUUAAAAUCUAUUUUAAAUAAUAUUCUUUAGCGUUCUGUGCUUCUGCUGGUGGAGGUAAUUUUGCUCUGAAGUUGAAAUCCUUCAUGAAGUGAUCUAACACCAAAAUCACACUAGGAAAUUGGCAUGGAACGCGUAACACAGCAGUCAUUCCUCUAGAAGUAUGAUCCCCACCUACUAUGGUGUUUAGCACCAGGAUCCCAUGUGUCCUUUAGAAAGACUAACAGUGUCUAAGAAGUAGGAAUGUGUUUAUUUUCAAAUGCGGUAAGACUAGUGUGACUCUCAUGGAUGAGGGGCAGAUACUGCUACUGGAUGAAACUCCAUCUUCAUUAAUUCAUUGCAGUAAGCCCUUAGGCGUUUCUGACAGUCAGAUGCCCUAGGUGGUGUUGUGAAGUUUGUCUGUCUUCCUUCACUUUCCCCUCCUUACCGCCGUCCUCUAGCUCCCAGAGGUGUCUUACUAAUAGAAUUUCUCUAGUUACAGAGAAAAAUGAUGAUUAAAAACUAGGCCUCAUUUAUACUAAGGUCCUGUGGACUUAAUGUGUUACUCGUAGGGAUACCUGAAUUUUAAGAGUGAGCAGAGCUGACACGGAAUGGGAGGAGAGAGGUUUGGUGGGGGGAGGAUUUGUGGAAGCAUCACAUUGUAUGUCUGUGCUCUCGCCCCAAUAUUCCCAGGAGACUGACCGUUCAAGCAGCACUCACUGCCCCUGCAGCUCACUGUGGUCCGCUGAGUGCCUGGAGGAUGCGUAGCCCCUCUUGUGCUGCUCUGGAGCCAGAGAGCUGGAGCGACAGUCCUUCCUGACAGCCCUAGUUUGGACUGCAUUAUUAAAUCAUUCACUUUGGUCCUGUAUUUUUUUUGUAGGACAUAUGGUCAAUAUAGCACCUCUGAUUAUGAACAUUCCCUGGUUCUUAUAUUUUGAGGUAUGUGGGAAGGAGUUCAAUUUAUAUAUCACGAGGAAAGAAAGCUCCCACAAAAAUUUCUGAAAAGUAAAAAGCAACCCAAGGUAACCCGUCAGAGCAAAGGAAGCACCUCUGGCCUCAUCGACGAAGAACCUUUGGUCUGUUAUGAUCGUAUUGAUAGGAGUUUGGGAGCUGAAAUGAGUUUGAUGUGUGCAGGGCAGUGACAGAAGGUUAGUAUAUUCAACCUUGAGCCAGUGACUAUGCCAAGGGAAGAAGCAGGAAGAACGCACUGAUUCACCUGAAGAAAUCAAAUGAUACCACAUGAACUAGAAAGGUUAUGGAUCACCAGAAUGUCAGCGGUCAAAUGAUGCUUUUUCAAAGGCCACUGGGAACCUUUAUCAUGCAUCUGCAGUAACCGCACCAGCAGCUCUAGAAUGUGAGACCAGGUCUGAGGUCUGCGCUAGCCUGAGAGCUGACCGAUUUAAAGCGACACCGUCACGCUAGGCACAAGCACUCUGUAACACGCUAAAUUUCCGCCCGAGCAAUUGGGAGUGUUUCUGAAACAUUAAAAUCGUAUUUAUGUCACUAAAAUUCUAACGCACAUCUUAAAAACAUGUCUCAUUCAUGUGCUGUACUAAGCUUCAUGAUGCAUUUCUAAAUUUGUGUAUGAUUUG